AUGAAAAUUUUCAAUACAAUACAAUCUGUGCUGUUCGCAGCAUUUUUUCUAAAACAGGGAAAUUGCCUUGCGUCAAAUGGGAGUACCGCAUUGAUGGGGGAAGUAGAUAUGCAAACGCCCUUUCCAGAGUGGUUAACAGAAUUUACUAAUCUUACACAAUGGCCUGGAAUUGACCCACCUUAUAUUCCGCUAGAUUACAUAAAUCUUACUGAAGUGCCAGAAUUAGAUAGGUACUAUCCUGGCCAGUGUCCCAAAAUUUCUAGAGAGCAGUGCUCAUUUGACUGCUAUAACUGCAUCGAUGUUGAUGAUGUAACUUCGUGUUUCAAACUUUCCCAAACAUUUGACGACGGUCCGGCCCCGGCGACAGAGGCAUUGCUCAAGAAAUUGAGACAAAGAACCACUUUUUUUGUUCUGGGGAUAAACACUGUUAAUUAUCCUGAUAUAUAUGAGCAUAUUUUAGAGAGGGGUCAUUUGAUUGGUACACACACGUGGUCACAUGAAUUCUUGCCAAGUUUAUCAAACGAAGAAAUUGUAGCCCAAAUUGAAUGGUCAAUUUGGGCUAUGAAUGCCACAGGCAAACAUUUCCCCAAGUAUUUUAGGCCUCCAUACGGUGCAAUUGAUAAUAGGGUUAGAGCUAUAGUAAAACAGUUUGGCCUAACGGUUGUCUUGUGGGAUCUCGAUACUUUUGAUUGGAAAUUAAUCACUAAUGAUGAUUUCAGAACAGAGGAAGAAAUACUUAUGGACAUAAAUACUUGGAAGGGAAAACGGAAAGGUUUGAUCUUAGAGCACGAUGGUGCACGAAGAACAGUUGAGGUUGCUAUUAAAAUCAACGAACUUAUUGGUAGUGACCAAUUGACAAUUGCAGAAUGUAUUGGUGAUACAGACUACAUCGAACGCUACGACUAG